AUGGUUGGUAAAGGUUGGAAACCUAAUGUAUAUACUCAUACGUCAUUAAUUGACGGUCUUUGCAAGAAAGGAUGGACUGAGAAAGCGUUUAGACUGUUUCUUAAGCUUGUUCGCAGUGAAAAUCACAAGCCAAAUGUGCUUACAUAUACUGCUAUGAUAAGUGGGUAUUGUAGAGAUGACAAACUAAACCGGGCAGAGAUGCUACUGAGCCGAAUGAAAGAACAGGGAUUAGUCCCAAACACCAACACAUACACAGCUCUCAUUGACGACCAUUGCAAAGCUGGAAAUUUUGAAAGAGGAUAUGAUUCGAUGAAUCUAAUGAGUAGUGAAGGUUUUAGUCCUAAUGUGUGUACAUAUAAUGCCAUUGUUGAUGGUCUUUGUAAAAGGGGAAGGAUAUAA